ACCCGCUGCUAUUGCUCCUUGGCUUCUAUCCCACACGACUGAAGGGAGGUGAAUCAAUGCAGGUUAUAUAAUGCCUAGGUGGCUAGUAAAUGGCUAAUUGGCAUCAUGUGACUCCUCAUGUGACCUGGUGCAUUCAGGCAGUGUGUGAAAAAACAGGACUCACUUUAGUUAUACAGUGAUACCUCUACAUACGAAGGUAGUUCAUUCCGGGGCCUUGGCCGUAUGUCGAGCAGGAUUUUCCCAUAAGACUACAUUAAGUUUCCAUUUAUUCGUUCCAUAGCCAAAAACCUACCCCAAAUCCUUAAUAAAUACUGCUGGUACUAUUACAAAUGGCAAUUACACAUAGCAAAACAAAUAAAUUAUAAAUAAAAAGCGGACUAUUAUAAUACUACUAAUUCUUGUAAUAAUGUAACAAAUCAGGUUCUAAUGUGCCGGAUGUUUUUUGCUGGACCUAAACACACCCCGUGGCUGGCUGUGCAAAAAGGACAGGCCAAAAGUUUGGACACACGCUCUCAUUUGUGCGCUUUAUUUAUUUUCAUGACUAUUUACAUUGUAAAUUCUCACUGAAGGUAAUAAAACUAUCACCUGUGAUUACAGGUUAAACAAUUGACCAAUGAUUGUGCUUCCAGUGAAAGAAAUGUUUUAGCGUAGUUUUUUUUUCCAGCAAUUACCGGAAAGUCACGUGAUCCCGUUCAUGACGGUAGUUGAGGGUGGAAUCCUGGAUCACCUUUUGCCUCAGCUCCUAUCACGUUACACCCACCCAGUACAACUACAACUGAGUUGCUCCAUCCUUCCUUCACUCAUGUUGCAGAUCCAAACACGCUCACAGGAGGGCAGCAUUGAAACAUGUAUUUCGCUGAUUUCUCUCCAAAUAACCUGUUGCUGUCCCAUCAAUUCCCCACAGGAGGACAUCUUUUAGACAAAUAUUUUUGCUCAAAGUGCGUUUUCUCAAUGAAGGAAUGAGUUGCAGUUCCAAAAUAUUACCACAAUUUCAAUAUUUAUUGUGGGGAUAUAGUGGCACUGCAACUGGUUAUUUGGUAUGUUCAAGGCAGGUAUGUUCUGCCAAAGUCAUUACAUGUCACUACAUAAGUCUAAUUUGACACCCAAAGUGCUACCGUGCGCUCUAAACUUUUUUUGUUUAGAUGCAAACCGGCAGAACGUACUAAAAAUGUCUUAAGAAAAUACUUCAAUGUAGUCAUAUCAUAUAAGGACGGUUUAAAUACGCUACGUGACUAAUGUGGUCAACUGCUUUAAAGCUAACACAAAAAACACAAUGGUUAAAAGUAUGAGAGGGUAAUACAUGCUAAAAGUAUUUUUGAGGUAAUGAAAAGGUUCCAAAAAAACUAAAAAAUAAGUUCUCGCCGCUUCUAACAGAUGUGCGCAUGCGUAUAGACAUUUGCGCAAGCGCGUUGAGCAUUGUUUCGCUGCGGAGUAAUGGCCGGACACCGGAAGUAUCUUAGUUAAAAUUGUUUAUCGAUGGAAAGGCCCUUCGUCUGUUUUCUUUAUUGGAAGACUUUAAGUUGGUAGAGAAAGUCCUCUUCCAAAAAAAAAUUGGUUGGAUUUCAAAUUUAUGUUUUAGUUAUACUGUGUUCAUCGAACGUCUGAUAAGUAACGACGUUCUUACCGCUUGGCUCACAGGGCUCAGUCGCCAUCUACUUAUAAUAAUAUAUCCAUGCAUCGAGGGAAUCAUAACUGUUUAAAACCUUUUUAAAUUUUUUUUUUUAAUAAUAACAUCAUGCACAAUGUCGUAUAUGAUCGGGUACCAAAAUAAGUGCAUCUCUAAAUGAUUAUUUAAAAGGAAAAAAAAAACGUUUUUGGCUUUGCUGUCUUGUACCAAGCAAUGUAUUCCUUGACAGCAGAUUCGACACUUUUACUUCAGUGUAUGAAACAAACUAAAAUUGUAAGCGCACUACUCUCAGAAAUAUAUACAUAUUUAGUAAACGUUCAAGAAAUAUUUGCAUGUUCAAUUUAUUCUGAACACGACGAUGUCAGGAGGUCGGAUGUAGCUUUGCGUCACUUCUCCUUCGUUCUGGCGGGACAGCUUCGAAAUAUGGACAACAAAGCACAACAAGUACUUUUUUAACGCAUUCUCGCCGCUUUAAGGCUUGACUUCACAUUCUCCCACCUCAAAGUUCGAAGCUAUCGCUUGCUCUCCGAUAUAGUGGGGAAAUGGACCGACCGGCAAGGAAGACUAAGAGCAUAAAUUACUGCGAAGCCAGAGAUAUCGACGACAACGAUGAGGAUUUUGCCUGUACGAAGCCCCCACUCGGGAAGAAACCCAAGAAGGCGUCAAGCCAAGAGACAAGCAGAAAAGCUCUGGAUGAAAAGUUGCUGACUCGAGAUCUGCAGGCGGCAAUUUCACUGUCGUUGCUCUCAAACACAAACACAAAAACGCCGCCUCAUGCCAGUCAAGGUGAUGAAAACGUCAACCCUGCUUCCUUGCACCGCUCCAACUGUAGUGUGGAUUCAUCGCUUUUGGGCUUGGACGAAAUCUCUUCCUCCAGUCCGACGAGCGUUAAAAAGGACUAUAAGAGACUCGCUCACGAUGACGACUAUUUCCCCAAACUGACACCAGAAUCAGAGAGCGAGGAGGCCUACAGCGAUGACGAGUUUACGGUGAAGAAGAGAAGGCAAAAAAAGGAGAGCCACCAGCGCAAGCCUAACAAGAAAGAACGAGAGCCACCCAAAUUGAAAGCACAGCCCAAGACAGUGUCUCCUGCAGCCAUGCCGAGAAGCCCACCGACACUUAAACCUGCCGUAUCCAAACCGCCAGCAGGCAGGAUUCCCAAAUGGACCCCACCAGGUCAAAUCGGGAAAAGCCCACCCCCAACCCAUAGUCCCACCACCGGCUCCACCAGGUCUCCCGCCGGUCAGGGACUUCGUCUGGGACUUUCUCGGCGUGUCCGUGUCAAGUCGCUGCACCCCGGCAAUGCUGCCACUUAACCUAAAGGAGGAUUUUUUUCCCCCAAAAAAUGUAAAUAUUCAUUUUAUAUUUUUAGUUGGAUCUGUUCAUUGAUUAAGAGUAAAUAAAAGUCAUUAACCCAAAACUAGGGCUGUCAAAUUUUUCGCAUUAUCGGGCGGUAAUUAUUUUUUAAAAUCAAUCACGUUAAAAUAUUUGACGCAGUUAAUGCAUGCACGGAAUGACCCGCUCACUCAUUGCCUCAAACAGAUUACAAUGACGCCGUUUAUGCAUAUUGAGAGUGAAGAGAAUGCCACCGGCCGCUUGGGGGCAGCACCGUUCCAUAUACUAAUGUUAUUAUGAAUUAGUAGUUGUGAGACGUUUAUGCUAUUGUGCUAUUUGUGCUCCACACAUAUUUCUGUAAGUUUACUUUCUUUUAGUGGCAAUUAUGUGUCUCUUUUUGUAUUUUGGGUAAGAUAUGUACAGAUAUAUAUGUGUUAUAAAGGCGAGUGGACACAGGCGUUCAUUGGACCGCACCGUUUAGUGGCAUAAGCUUCGGCAACUCCUUCACAACAAACAUAAGUAUCAUUUAGUGAAAGCACAACAAAAAUAAUAUUCCUAUCUCUCCCAAAAAAAAAAAUGUUCACAAAAAGAAAAGCACUUUAAUCUGUAUCAAUGAGGCCCUAUUUUCACACAGUUAAACAACUGCAAUGAGAACUGGCAUUCCCAAUCAAAAUACACAUAAAACUUAAACAGACUUUGGUCACUCUAUUCAUAUUAUUGUUAUUUUUAUUCUUAUUAUAUCAACUCUACUUUUUAUUGAAAAUUUUACAAAUUGUAUUAAAACGAAAACAUUAAAAGGGGUUUUAAUAUAAAAUUUCUAUAAGUUGUACUAACAUUUUUCUUUUAAGAACUACGUCUUUCUAUCCGUGGAUCCCUUUAACAGAAAGAAUGUU